UCAGACUGGAACUCGGGUCAGUCCAGUAACCAGGCCUUACUUGCUUGACCCAUGUUCCUGGGAGUUUGUGGAUGGGAUGUGGGCCAUGGACAAGGCUGACGGUCCCUUCCCUGUCUCUGUCCCGCAGAGCGGCUGGGACUGGGCCAAUGUGAGGGAUAUGUGUGACUACUUGCAAAUGAUGAAGGUGGAGCGCAGGCAGUGCCUGGAGGAGGCCGAGCUGGAAAAUGAAACAGCAGGCUGCAGCAGGAUGUGGGACAACAUCACCUGCUGGCCAGCCACCCCUCGGGGCCAGGUGGUCGUCAUGGCCUGUCCCCUCAUCUACAGGUUAUUCUACCCUCUUCAAGGUAAGAGCCCUGGAUUCAACCGCAGAUGUACAGACAAGGGCUGGACAGAACUGGAGCCUGCCCCCUACCCCAUUGCCUGUGACUCAGAACCAUAUUUGGAACAGCACCAGAAUAGGUUCUACUUUUCCAUGAAGACCGGCUACACCAUCGGCUACGGCCUGUCCCUCACCUCCCUUCUGGUCGCCAUGGUCAUCUUGAGCCUGUUCAGGAAACUCCACUGCACACGGAACUACAUCCACAUGCACCUCAUGUCCUUCAUCCUGAGGGCAGCCUCCGUCUUCAUCAAGGACCUGAUCCUCUUCAACAGCAGCCCGUCAGAAGACUGCUCCGAGUCCUGGGUGGGCUGUAAGGCCGCUGUGGUCUUAUUCCAAUACUGUGUCAUGAGCAACUUCUUCUGGCUGCUGGUGGAGGGCCUGUACCUGCACACCCUGCUUGUAGUCUCCUUCUUCUCCGAGCGGAAGUACUUCUGGUGGUACAUGCUCAUCGGCUGGGGGGUGCCCAGCAUAUUCACCAUGGUGUGGACCAUCACCAGGAUCCAUUUUGAGGAUUAUGGAUGCUGGGACUCCGUCGGUACCUCACGAUUGUGGUGGAUCCUAAAGGCCCCCGUCCUCACCUCCAUCUUGGUGAACUUCAUCCUAUUUGUUCGCAUCAUCCGAAUCCUGGUUCAGAAACUGCAGACCCCAAAUGUCGGGAAGAGUGACAAAAGCCCGUACUCGAGGCUGGCCAAGUCCACCCUGCUGCUGAUCCCCCUGUUUGGGAUGCACUACACCGUGUUUGCCUUCUUCCCCGACAACUUCAACGCUGAAGUGAAAAUGAUCUUUGAUCUCGUCCUGGGGUCUUUCCAGGGUUUUCUGGUGGCUGUCCUCUACUGCUUCCUCAAUGGCGAGGUGCAGGCAGAGCUGCGGCGGAAGUGGCGGCGCUGGGACCUACAGGGCGUCUUGGGCCUGGGCCCCAAAUACCAGCACCCACCCGGAGGCAGCAGCAGCAACGGGGUGACCUGCAGCACACAGGUCUCCUUGCUGACCCGCGUCAGCCCGGGCGCGCGCCGCUCCUCCAGCUUCCAGGCCGAGGACUCCGUGGUCUGACCGCCAGGCACCCAGGGGCGCAGGGAGGCUCCACCUGCCCGCACCCACCGGCCCGCCCUCCCGGGCGACACUGGGGACAGAGGCCUACGGGGCGAGUAGCCCCAGCCCUGGGCUCGGAGGCUGUCCUGGCCCCCAGGUCACUGUCCAGAAGCCCUGGCGCCGGCCUGGGGAGAGGGAGGUGUUUCUAAGCAAGCCGGAGCCCCAAGAGGUGCACCCUGGAAGGUGUGGGGUGGAGCUCAGUCAUCAGACUCCUCCCCCAAAGGCUCUCUCCCAAUCAAUGGAAGGAAAUUUGCAUACUCAAGUGACUCCGCCCCCCCUCGUGACCAGUCGAGGGCGGCAACUACCCAGGCCAAUACAGUGGGAACAUGGUUGACAAAGGCUUUGCACGCCCCCAUCCCCAAAGGUCCCCCGACACCACCACCUCAUCAGUGCCUGAAGUUCCAACCUUGCUGUCAGCUUCCUUUGGGUUAAGUAUCACCAUUCAAGCAUCUCUCUGAGGAUGCGGUCCCCUCCCCCAGUGCCCUCUUAGCUGCCAAGUCCUGGAGGGAAGCGAUGCAGUUGUGAUGCGGAGUUCUGGUUUGGGGAGCACAGCUGUCUUCAGAGUCUCUGCCGAAGUGGGGUGGUCCCAGGAUGAUGACAACAAUUCGAGGGGCUGCCACCAACCGUACCCAUCCCCAUGGGUUGUGGGAGCUGCCCUCAGCUGCCUACCUACAAGCCAACUGUGAGAACUAGGCUCAGAGAUGUGCACUCGUGGGUCCCCUCAGUCCUCACAUCAACCCAGCAAGGUGGGAAUGACUGUCCCUGUUUCACAGAUCAGGAAGCGGAGCCUCACAGAGCAGGAACCUGGCCUUGUCACGCAGCGGGAUUUGAACUCAGAUCUGGCUGACAGGAAAGGGAAAGCACAGACUUCUUACUGCUGCCUUUUAUAUCUUAUAACAUGCUGGAUCCUCUUGUUAUUUGUUUCACCACUCGUUAUUGCCACCAUCCCUGGAACCCCAACCCCAUCCCACCUGACCCUCCCUGGCGUGUGGCUGUGGCUGAGGAGUCCUCUGGCCCAUGUGUCAUCUACACAACAGCCUGGUGGUCAUGGCAUCGUGUGUCUGCUCUGCACCUCUGUGGUCCCAUGGCUUCCUGCCCACACCACAGCCGGAAGACCCUCAUUUGUGCAAUAAUAAAUGUUGUGUUGGAUUGGC